AUGAAUUCCACACAACAAGAAGGGAGCUCUUUGUUAAAGGACUUGGAGAGAAUAAAAAAAAAAACUAGGAUUUCCAAUAAAAUAAUAAAUGGUUAGUUAGAUCAAAUCAUAGCAGAAAUUGAAGAGGCAAAAAUAAACAAUGACUUCUCUUAAUUAAAAGACAAAUUACAAAAUUAAAAACCAUUAACAAAAAUUAAAUAAACAUAUAAUGAAUGCUAUGCUUAUUUUUCGAAGAUGGGUAAAAACAUGGAUAAAUUAUUUAAAAAAAAUUUAUAAUAUGGCCAAGAACAUGUUGAAUUGGAUUCGAGAGUGUUGACAGAACUAAUCAAGAAUCAUCUUCUGAGAGAUGGAGAGUUUGAGGCCUAUGAGCUAUUAGUUAAAGAAUCAGGUUCAGAAGAAUCGCAUUUUCAUUAAUUCUUUGCUGAAAUCUAGACCAUAGUAAAGGAUCUUAAAGAGAGGAAACUAGAGUCUGCUAUCCUAUGGGCAGAAAAAAGACAUAAAAGGUCUCCUAGUAAUCUACUUUAUGAACUGUUGAAAUAAAGAGUCAUAUAAUUAGUAUAAACUGAAGGUAUUAAUGCAGCGGUUAAUUUUAUGAGAAAUAGUGAUUCAUUUUAAGAAUAAGCUCAAGGUAGAUUAUACGAAAUUUGCCUAAUUACAUAUUCAGUUCUUUUAUGGCCAAAUCUAGAAAAUACAAAAUACUAUUAUUUAUAUGAUGAUGAAAGAAAUUGGCCUAGAAUUCUGAAUCUAUUUUUAGAAGUCGCUUCGAAAUCUUAAAAUAUUCUGAUUAAAUCAGAAAUUAGAACUGUGUUUUCAGCUGGCUGUUUAGCAAUGCCUAAAUUAAUUAAAUAUAACUAAAUCACAAGAAAUAGAUCUUCUGAAGUUCUUACAAAUGAUAUCCCUAUAGAUAUUGAAAUUGGAAAGGAUUAUAAAUAUCAUUCAUUCUUUGUAUGUCCUGUUUCUAGAGAAGUCACAAAUACUGAUAAUCCUCCAGUGUUGUUAAAGUGUGGCCAUGUCAUUUCUAAAUUAUCAGCGCAUAAAAUGAUCGCAAACAAAUAAAAAUUUAAAUGUCCGACAUGUCCUGUUGAAACCAAAGGCGCUGAUUUACCUGAACUUAUAUUUAUUUGAUAAAUACAAUCCCUAAAUUAGGAUUUUAAUUAGAA